ACACGGAAGCGGCAGCGACCGCCACUUCCAAGGGACGCCCCGGCCCCUGAAUGCCUUCGGUCGCUACAGAUCAACCUCAAACGCCUUCAGCACCCACCGCGGGGGCGGCGGGGCCGCCUGAGGGCAGCGCGUUCCCGCCUCACCGGGGCGGGAGCUGGAGGUGCCCUCAGGUGUGGGGGGCGUGGCCUGGGCGCCCCCUCAGGUGCAGGCGGGGGCGGGGCCUGGCGGUGCCCUCAGGGAGGGGGAACGUGUCCCGGCCGUGCCCUCAGGUGCGGGGGGCUCGGCCCGGCCGUGCCCUCAGGUGGCCGCCGCCCUCCCGCCACUCCCGCCCGCCUCCCCUCACGUGCGGGCGGCCCGAGGCGGCGGCGCCGCUCCGAUGGCGGCCCCGGGCGGGCUCGGCCGCUGCGUGGCCGCCUUCUGGCUGGCGCUGGCGUUCGACGCGCUGGGGCUGGCGGUGCUGCUGGCGGGCGUGUUCGCCGACGUGUUCUUCUCCGACCUGCUCAUCUACGCGGGCGGCAUCGGCAUCUUCCUCAGCCUCAUCUGGUGGGUGUUCUGGUACGCGGGCAACCUGGAGGUGCCGCCCGAGGAGCUGCGGGACGACGUGGGGCUGGCGGUGCCCAAGGGCCGCGGGGACACGCUGCUGCGGCGGCUGGUGCACGGGCUCAGCCUCCGCCUCACGGCCGCGCUCGGGCCCGGCCGCCCCGCCGACAUGGAGCUGCAGCGCCCCGCGGGGCCCCGCGGCCGCCCCGCCGAGCCCGGCAGGACCUGUUGAAGACAUGCCUAUUGAAGUUACUGCCUCAAAAAGCAGAGGAAGUGCUGCAAAUUGUGGAAAGAGAAUUCCCUGCUCAAAGCAGUAGGAUUCUCUCACUGUGGAAUAAUCUCUGCGAGCACUGUGGACUCUGCAUAAAAUGGACACAUGGAGUCAUAUCUCUGCCAAAUACACCUAUUUCAGUGUUGGACUGGAUAUGCUUUGAAAUGGUGGGAAAAAAACCAACACAAAAUCUCUUUAAGAAGUGAGAACUAAAAGAGAACUGAUCCCAGUUCCCAGAAAAAUCUCUGCAGCUUGUCAUAUAGUUGUGGGUUUUAACUAUUAUUAUUUUUAAAACCCUGGAAGGUUUGGAUAAAAAGCUCUUGCACAAUGAAAAGCUCUUGCACUGUUUUACCAAAGUCUGGAAGUUAAACUUACUGUGAAUUUUUAUAAUGCCAGUGCAAUACUUUUGUUUGUAAGGGUGCUUUUAAAAUACCUGUAUUAAACUAUUGAUGCAAAGCUGCAAA